AUGGAAGAAGCCGUAGCUUCUUCGCCGCCCGUCGCGGUGCAGCAGAAUCAGAAGCCUGCGACAUCGGCCAAGCGCGACUACAAGGGCUUCGUCGCGGGCGUGUUUAGCGGUAUAGCAAAGCUGACUGUCGGCCACCCCUUCGACACAGUCAAGGUCCGCCUGCAAACGACGCAGGCCUCGCGCUUCAGCGGCCCGCUGCAGUGCGUCCUGCAGACGGUGCGCAAUGAGGGCGUCACGGGCCUGUACAAGGGCGCGACGCCGCCGCUGGUCGGGUGGAUGUUUAUGGACUCGGUCAUGCUGGGCUCGCUCAACGUCUACAGGCGGCUGAUGGCGCAGCACGUCUUUGGCGCGGACGCGUGGGCGCCCGGGGCGGGAUCGGGGGCGACGGGGCUUGGGUUUGGGAGUCUGAUGAGGCUGUUGUCUUCCUCAUCUUCUUCAAGGACAUCAUCGUCUUCAUCGUCAGAACCUUCAUACCUUCCACCGCUGGGUCACGGUAUCGCAGGUAUCAUGGCCGGCGCCACCGUCAGCUUCAUCGCUGCCCCCGUCGAGCAUGUGAAAGCCCGGCUGCAGAUCCAGUACGCUGCCCGCAAGGCUGAGCGUCUGUACUUGGGGCCUCUCGACUGCAUCCGCAAGAUCUACUCCCACCACGGCAUCCGCGGCAUCUACCACGGCCUGUCUGCCACGCUGCUCUUCCGCGGCUUCUUCUUCUUCUGGUGGGGCAGCUACGACAUGCUCUCGCGGGCUUUCCGCGAGAACACCAACCUGAGCAACCCGGCCAUCAAUUUCUGGGCCGGCGGGCUGAGCGCUCAGGUGUUUUGGUUGACGAGUUACCCGAGCGAUCUCGUGAAGCAGCGCGUCAUGACGGAUCCCCUUGGCGGAGGUUUGGGAGACGGCGAGAGACGGUUUCCUAAAUGGAGGAAUGCUGCCGUGGCUGUUUAUAGAGAGUCUGGGUGGAGGGGAUACUGGAGAGGAUUCUUGCCGUGCUUCUUGAGGGCUUUCCCGGCGAAUGCAAUGGCGUUGGUGGCCUUUGAGGGUGUCAUGAGGACGUUGCCGUGA